AAAUUGGAGUCACUGAAGUAGUCUGGUGAGGCGAAGUGGGCCAGUGACACUCGAGAUCUUCCCUGAAACGAGACUGUUUUUCAUCUUGGUUGUCUAACGAGAUCAUGAGAUUCGCGUCGUACAAAUCUUUCUUACGCGACCGGAAGGUUCUCGUAGACUGUUUAGCAAUUUUAUUUGGGAUCGGUUCAUGGAUUGGUAUCAAUUCUACAUUUGUCCAAUUUCCUCUGCUCGUAGCAGCUGCGCCUGAAGGAUGGGAUCUACCCUCGUACAUUGUGGUGAUUAUACAAUUGGGAAAUCUCGGUCCACUCACCUACACACUCUUUCAAAAGUACUCUCCUAAGAAGCUUCUGGACGCAAAUGUGAUAUAUGGAAUUCUGGCAGUAGGAUGUGCAGCUGCUCUGGCAAUGUGCUUUAUCUAUGAUGUAACGGCCAUUAUUGGAGGUGUGGAGAGGAGUGUUUGGCUAUUUGUUGUGGUAUUUUUUCUGGCCAUAGUGGGAUGUUCCAGUUCAGUUCUCUUUAUGCCCUACAUGGGACGCUUCAGGGAGAUCUAUCUCAUCACCUAUCUUAUCGGUGAGGGUCUCAGUGGCUUUCUUCCCAGCAUAUUGGCUCUGAUUCAGGGAGUUGGUGGCAAUGCUGAAUGCGUUUUGAGGAAUAAUACCGAAGGACAACCAGAGUAUGAGUUAUAUACUCCACCACCACGUUUCGAAACUGAACACUUUUUUGCCUUCGUGACUACAUUUAUGGCUGUAAGCUUAGGUGCUUUUAUCCUUUUGGAAAAUCUCAGAAUAUGCCGAAAUGAAUAUGUGGCAGUAAAAAUUGAGAAGGGCAAUAAGUACACGUACGACGAAUCAUCUAAAAUUAAUGAAAGUGGAGAACAAUUGACCGCCCAUGAAGAUUCUCAGGUGACUAAUCUAUCCAUCACCUCAUACAGAAUCCUAUUGAUCCUUAUGGCUAUUAUCUGCAUGUUUGGUAAUGGGAUUUUCCCCAGCAUUCAAUCAUACUCAUGCCUUCCGUAUGGCAAUAUUGCCUAUCAUUUAACCGUGACCCUGAGCUCAAUAGCCAAUCCACUAGCUUGCUUCUUGGCUGUGUUCCUGCCCCACACUUCAAUCCGUCUGAUAACUAUUCUCAGCUCAAUUGCAACAGCAAUUGGAAUUUAUGCUGUCACCACAGCUGUGAUGAGUCCAGCCCCACCGCUCUUUGGUAAUGUUUGGGGAGAGGUAUUAGUGGUGAUGUCCUGGACAAUCCUUAAUGGUCUCAUUAGCUACAUGAAAUUGUCCAUAACUUCAAUUUUCCGAUUCCAAGGAGGAAAAUCGCUCGUUUGGGUUGGGGGUGUUUCUCAAAUUGGAUCAUUUACUGGAGCAAUUCUUGCUUUUGUACUUAUCAACAAUGUUGGGCUCUUUGUGUCCUAUUCACCCACCUGUCCGGCAGUUCCAUAGCCUCUCAGCAGGAUUAGCUUUCUUGUUUCUUUUUUUUAUUGUUAAUAAAGACUAAUUAAAUGUUUUUUAUCACACAA